AUUUCCAGGAGCUCGUCGUGCUGUGUUCCUUGUGGCGUUUGGACUGUGGACCAAACUACUGUUGUAGUUAUGUUUGUCAGUCUGUCCAGAUAUCUGAGAGGAUGGAAAAGAGAAGUGAAAGAGGUGUUGCAGAAGAUUAAUGGUAAGGGAUCUAAUAAGUUGGGCAUUCCUAGAAUGUCAUACAUGGUUGCUUUUGAAACUGACAUGUUAUUCUAACUUGGUAUGGUAGACAGAUUUUUGUUAUGGAAGAUGAACUUCCUUCUUCGUCACUUUUUCUUGUAGCUAAUGCACAAUCUAAAAAGUGUCCCUGGUUUUUCAUAUGUUAUGUAGUUUUCCAAUUAUUAUAUUGGGAUAUUGCUAUCAAAUUCUAUUCAGGUUGUCUAUGUUCUUGUUUACUAAUGUUUGUUUGAGUGCGCAUCUGUUGGAAGCUCUGUUUUUGUUGUUUGUGCUUGGGUUUGUUAUGGUUGAUGGAGACUCUUUAUAGCUAUUAAAGGUUAACUUUUACCAAGAUUUAUAUACUUUGACAUUGGGAAGUUGAUAGGUGUGCCCAUGAGUAAGUAUAUUGCCCCUUCUCAUGCAGUGUGAUUGUUGAAAUAAGAUUUCACUCCACAUAAUCCUCAAAGAAGAACUGGGAUAAUUUGGCUAAUUCCUCUGAUAUCUAAUUUUCUCUUUCUAUUGCUUCCUCUUUGCAGGCGAAGUAUUGAUAUGUAUGCGGACAUCUUGUCUGUUAAUUGUGUCUGGUUCGUUCAAUGGAACUAUGGAAGAUAGCUUUUCAUCAUACAUGAUUAUUAUCUCUGCAUGAACUUUUGAUUAUCUUUAUGUCUGUUUUGUUUAUGUUUCUAAUGUUUUACAGGAGCACUGUGGGUAACUAAGCUGUUGAAAUUUAUAUGGAUUUUCUUUGACACUUUCCUAUUUGUAGUCUCUAUUUUCAUCUGUGUUAUGCCUGUUCCCAACUAUAUGUUGUGCUACAACUGAACAGACAAACAGUACUUCCUUUUUAGAUAAAUGAACUCUAGCCUGCAAACAACAGAUUCAAAUCUUGGUUCUUUUUUAUUGUCUAGCAACAUAUUUGCCGGUAUUGAGGGAGAUAUUCCAUAGAAUUGAGUGUCAAAUUAGUAUUACUUUUAAAGGUAUUGAACAACUGUGUGAUCAUGUGAGUAUUUUUUGGUCUAAUGCUUUUGCAAUGAUUUCUAUUAUAUUCAUCCUCACGAAGCCAAAUUUUCUUUCAUUUUCAUCCAUGCCCUUUUUUUUUCUAUGUUAGCUAUGGACUGUGGUCUAUGGAUGGCGUCUAAUGAUGAAACUUAGUAGCAUGUGUAUGUGUGUGUUUAUUUGAUUGAUAAGAUUAUCUCAUAUCAUGAUAUAUCUUGGGUGAGAUCUAUUGCUCUAAUUGGUAACUUCUCCCUCCCCUAAUAUAGUUGUCAAUCAUCUGACAGGUACUUUUUAUAUUAAACUGGACGUUUACAUUGUAAAAGAAAAUCAGAGUGUCUAUUAUAAGUGCAUAGAGAAAGGAGUCUGGGACAUAUAUUGUAGUUCAUUACAGCUAGCUUCCCUGUUUUUGGUAAUUGGUACUAUCAUAUUUUUCCCGGUAUGAUAGAUUAGUGGAUUCCAAUAUCUAUAUCCUUCACUUUUUUGAGUUGCACAUGAUUUUCCAUGAGCUUGCAGAUUUUACUUAUGUACUAGUAGUUUUUUGCGCUCUCUGGUAUCUAUCCUCUUAUCUAAUUUUCACAGAUAUAGCUAUUGUACACUCAUCACCCCCCUUCCCCAAAUUUGAGUCAGAGAACUCCAGAAAUAAUCGCUCAUUGCAUUUUAUCUCUGUUUGUGCCUUGAAUGCCAUGGCAAAAGAUUCACAUAAAAGAAUUAUAUUCAAGAGAGAUGCUUGCUUAUAGAAGUUCAACGCAUGUUAAGGAGACUACAUUCACGGUGAAGUGUGAAUAUCAGGGCAAUGAUUUUAAAGCUAUUCAGGGCAAUGAUUUUAAAGCUCUUAUAUACGAGUUUAUGAAUGGUGAAAGCCUGGAGACCUGGUUGCACCUGAAUGAGGAGAAUAACAAUGAGAUCCUUGAAGUCGGAAAACUCAGUCGUCUUCAGAGAGUAAAUAUUGCUGUUGAUGUGGCUUGUGCACUUGAUUAUAUCCACCAUGGCUGUGAAGUUCGUAUUGUGCACCGUGACCUAAAACAAAAACCAAGCAAUGUGUUACUGGACACUGAUAUGGUUGCUCAUGUUGGAGAUUUUGUCCUAGCAAGGUUUCUGCCACAACCCUCACACCCAAAUCAGAGUAGUUCUCCGGCCGCAGUUAAAGGGACUAUUGGUUAUGCUGCACCAGAGUAUGGGCUCGGAGCUGAUCCGACAACAGCUGGUGACGUUUACAGCUAUGGAUUCCUGCUAGAAAUGAUGACAGGAAAACGACCCACUGAAGAAAUGUUCAAUGAAGCUGGGCUCAACCUUCACACUUACGUGAGCGCAGCUUUACCUGAUAACGUGAUGCAGAUUAUUGAUCCAAGUCUUCUAGACAACGAGGGUGACUUGAUCAAUGAUACCAGAACUCGUGGAGAAACUGCAAUCAUAGGAAGGUGAAUUGCAUGGUCUCAGUGGUGGAGAUUGGGGUCAGCACAGGAUCGAAUGAGCAUAACUGAUGCCUCCAUUAAACUACAAAGCAUAAGAGCUAUCAUUCUUCGAGAUAGGUAUUCGUUUAUGUUCUAAGUAAUUAUAAGUGUACGAUCAGUUAAAUUCCGUAUGGACAUUGUAUCACUGUGAAGCAGUUGUUUGAUCUGAGAAUCAGGCUAGAUGUCCGAGAGUUAUGUGACUGCAUAACCGUUACUUCUUUCUCUUGCUUUUAUUGUAACUUAUGGUCGUGUUAUUUCUCGAGGACUACAACGUUGGUGCUUACCGCCUCACCGGUUCCAUAUGCUCGCAUUUUCCCCUUUUUGGAGAUUAAAAUAAACUAGUUAUCAAAUUUAUCUACUCUGUAAUUACAUAUCAAGACUUGAAAAAAACUUCACAAUUUUAACUUUGA